AUGGCUACUACUUCUUCUUCCUCCUCCUCAGAAUUCCCGCCCGCAUCGCUCCGCCCUAUCGUCCAAGAGGUCGCCAGUCUACUGAAAGAGCGGAAGGAGACUAUUUCUGUUGCGGAGACGGCCGCAGGAGGAAUCAUCUCCGCCGCCUUACUCUCCACACCAGGAGCAUCAGCUUUUUACAAAGGUGGACUGACGCUCUACACCCUCGAAUCCCGCCUCGCCUUCGCCGGCUGGACCCAAUCCAACGUGGACAACUACCAGGGCCCCACGCCACAGAUUGUCGCCGGCCUGGCGGAGCAUGUCCGUUCUAAGCUGGGGUCGACGUAUUCCGUUUCGGAGAGCGGGACUGCUGGGCCGGGGAGGGGGCCGACGAGGAGGAUGCCUGGAUAUGUCGCGCUAGCAGUCUCCUCUCCUAAUGGGACGUAUACUCGCGAGAUUGAGACGGGCCAUGGAGAUGAUCGAGAGAAGAAUAUGGUUGCCUUUGCGGCGGAGGCGUUGAAGCUUGUUCGGGACGUAUUGACGGGAAAACUAAACUAG